GGGGCUGGCUCGUCGCCGCGGGUGCCCCGAUGUGGGUGUGGCAGGAGCUCGGGUACGACCACAUCGCGCAGCUGCCCGGGGGCGCGCUCGGCGCACUCGGCUGCCGGUGCCAAGAGGCGCCCUCCGACGAGUUCCUUUUCGGCCAGGACUGGGCGGAGCUGUCGCGCGACAGCCUGGCGGAGCCGUCGCUGUGGCCUCCUCCUGCCAGUCAGGAGGCCCUGCUGGACGAGCGGGGCGAGCUGUUGCGGCUCCAGGCUCCCGAAACCACGGCGCGCAUCACGAAGGCCUGCUCCGCCACCGGCGCAUGGAGACUCACCAAGCACAACGACCUGCGCCUGUGCGUGCCGGGCGCGGUCGAGCUGGAGCAGCCCCCCGCGCCAGCGGUAGAGCUCAUCUCCGGCGACGCCUCGGGCCCUGGCGGGGCGCUGGCACCGGCGAAGGCGCCGUCGCUGCUCGAGGCGCUCGACAGGCUCUCUCAGCAAGGCGGCGGCGAGUUCUGGUACCGUGCGCCGCAGGUCGUCUGCAACCUCCGCGGCGACAUCGCAGACGAGUGCUGCACCAGGCAGGCACCCCCCGAGUGGCCGCUGUGCGUGGUGGGCGCGCGGAUUGGGGCGGCUAUGAGGCUCGUGGUCACCCCCGCGCCGGAGCAGCCCGACGGCCCGCCCCGGAGCCGCAUGAGCCGCUCGGGGACCGUCAAGCUGUCCCGCCAGACGACGGGGAACCUGGCCAGGGACACGAGCGGCAAGCUGUCCCGGGAGACGACGCAGCCGCUGCCGCCACCGGCGGCGGAAAGCUCUCCCCUGCGGCUGCUCCCCACGGCGCCGGGCAGCCCGCCAGCGGGGGCGAAGAGGGCCGUGGAAAUCCACUGCAAGGGCUUCAAGCUGUCCCUGCAGCAGCACGGGGGCCCGCCACUGAACGUCUCCAAGCUGCACGAGCGCGACAGGCAGGGCGUGGCGGAGGAGCUCCACCGCUGGGCCGUGAAGUCGGUGGCCUCGCACCCGCAGACGUGGCGGACGCUCAACGUGAUCUCGCGGGAGGGCGCCGUCGCCGAGGAUCUGCAGGCCUGGCCCGGCCGGGGCUCCGUCACCGUGCGCGACAUGACGCCCUCCGGCGGCCCGGCGGGUGCCGGCGGCGCCGGGGCGGCCUUCCGGGGUGGCCGGCAGCUGGGGGACAUGGUGCUGGCCGCCUCCUGCGAGAUGGAGGCGUCUGGCAGCGGCGAAGCGUCCCGGCUCGCCUCCAGCAGAGGGCCACAGGUGAGCAUCGAGCCCUUCGAGCUGAGCUACGGCAACGCCCACGUGAACUCCAUGCGCCGCAUGCUGGAGGACGAGAUCGGCACGGUGCUCGGCGUGCCCAGCCUGAUGGUGAAGUGCGGCGAGUUCUCCUCCAGCGGGGCCCGCGGCAGGCCGAAGAAGCGGCACCUGCCCCGGGAGGUCGUGACGCUGGAGGUGGCGCUGCUGUGCUCCGAGCUCGCCGACGUCUCCCGGGGCGGGCCGGCGCUGCCGCCGGUGGUGGCCACGCCGCUGGCGGGGGCGUCGCUGAUGCCGAGGUCGCCGAGCGAGGCCGAGCUGAAGAAGACGAAGCCAUCGCCGACGAGAGCAGCACGAGGGAGCCGCAAGGCAGAGAUGCAGAGCAUGGACCAUCGUUUGAGGCAGACCAUCAUGCACACCGAGGCAGCGCACGAAGCGCUGAUGAGCAGGAGAAAGGGCAAGGAUGCCGACGGCGCCCCGGGCAGGGCGGGCGGCCUGUCCAAGUCGGCCUCGGAGCCGGGCCUGGGGCUGUCGCGCAGCGGGCUGCAGGCGAGCCUGGUCCGGAGCAUCGCCACGAAGAACAAGGACAUGUCGCCCGACCAGCUGGUGAAGCUCCUCGUCAGCACGCUGCAGGAGAGCCAGCACCCGCUGAGGACUCAUCCCGACGUCUUCCCGAUGCUCGCGAGGACCCCGUGGCACGGCGUGCACCCCGGCCUGGUCAUCGUGGCCAGCUGGGACGUCGUCAGGGAUGCCAAGUCCACCAGGGCUUCUACUCCUCUGGUGAGCCCGGACCACCUCAGCGACCUGCUGGAGCAGGCAAGAAGAAGCCCGAGCAGCAAGAUGAACGACGCGGACGAGGUCGAUACCGACGCCAUCUCCAAGCUCUCGACUAGGCGGUUGGACAUCCUUGACGUGUACGCGGGCAAGGACGGCGACGCGGAGAUGAAGAGGCAGCAGCUGAUCGGAGCCUCGGAGAAGGAACUCCUGGACCUGAUGGAGGCCGCGUACCCCAAUCACAAGACCCUGAAGGUGGUCCUGUCGACGAUCGGCGAGCGGGCGUCCGCGGACCAGAGCUGCUGCCUCCGGCUGAGGAGCCACCGGGCGAUCGAAAGGGUCACCUACACGAUGGUGCGGUUCAACUCGGACUACGCGAUCGUGAGCCGCUGCUUCGACAUCGUCGAGUCGCUCCUGGUGCGAGACCUGGGCAGCGUUGACAUCGCCCUCGAGAGGGGCGUGGUCCCCGAGUUCAUCACCGCCAUAAACACGUUCCGCCGGGACAACUACAUGCAGCGCUCGGGGUGCCGCAUCCUGCGCAGGCUGUACACGAGGGCACGGGAGACUGCGCUGCACGGGCCGCGCAUCGUGCUGCUGGGCAAGAGCCUGCACGAGGGGCACACGUUCCGGGGCCUCGAGAGCGUCUUCACGGCGAUGCACACGUUCGAGGACGACGCGGUGAUACAGCUGGAGUCCCUGAGUCUGCUCGCGCAGCUCGGGGAGCUCCUGUACAACAACGGCAUGGCGGAGAGAACGUUCAAGAGCAUCGAGGUGGUCAUGCGACGGCACUCCCAGCGCGCCGACAUCAUGUCGGAGGGAGUGCUGAUCAUAUCGCGCCUCGGGGAGAGCUUCCUCAAGGUCGAGAAGCGCGGGAUCCAGACCCUCGCGAUGGCCAUGGCCCGGCACAGGUCCAACCGCAGGAUGCAGCGGGUCGGAACACGGGCGCUCUUCAACCUCUCCAAGAACGAGGACACCCUCGAACUCUGCCGCUCGGGCGGCGCCAUCGGCGCGGUGCUGGGGGCCAUGUGCGCCCACAGCCGGGACACCCAGACGACGCAGAUGGGCACGCGGGUGCUCGAGAAGCUGGCGCCGCGCGCCCUCUCCAGGGUCUUCCGCGCCUGCGGCGACGUGGCGUCCGUGCUGCCGCCCGUCUCGUGGAGCGAGGACCCGCUGGUGGCCAGCGUGCCGGCGAGCUUCGACCUCGGGGCCGCGGACGAGGGCGCCUGGUCCGCGGAGCUGCUCGAGACCUUCCGCUUCGAGGUGGCCGGCACCCGGGGCAAGCGCGAGAGCACGGGCAGCAGCGGCGCCGAGCCGGCGCAGGGCGACGCCUCGCUGCGCCAGGGCCUGGCCUCCGCGGCGGUGUACCACCGCGUGGGCCUGGCGGAGGACCUGGACUGCACGGACGUGCUCUGGGCCGUGCCCGGGCUGCCGGCGGCCCGCGACGGCGACGGGCCGCCGCGCAAGGACAUCCUCAAGCGGGACAUGUCCGCCCUCCGGGCCUCGGGCUGCGACGAGCGCGUGCUGCUCGCGGAGGGCCCCACGGAGGAGCAGCUCCGCGAGCUCUGCGCCGCGCUGCGGGCCGGCCGCGACGACGGCACGCUGGGCCCGCAGGACGCCGAGUUCGUCGCGGGCCUGCUGGGCCACUUCGCCUGGCACUCCCCGGAGCUCGCCAAGAAGGUCGUGGAGUUUGGGGGCGCAGCGGCCUUCGCGGCCUGGAUCCGCAUGCCCGACUACGUCCGGCAGGGCCACAACCCGGAGGACGACCACCUCGUCUUCCCGAUGUUCCGCGCGUGCCUGACCGGGCUCUCCUGCGUGUGCCGACAGGGCGCGGCCAACGCCAUGGAGGUCCUCAAGCUGGACGGGGUGGUGGACACGGCCCUCGAAUUCGCGGACCAUCUGGAGAGGGACGUCCGGCGGUCUGCGCUGCGGGUCCUCGCGCGCCUGCUGCCGUACGGGGCAGUCUCCUUCGACAAGGUCUGGAGGCUCGUCUUCAAGCACAUCCGGGGCAAGGACAGCGACGAGUCGGUGCGCGCCGCCGCAGGGGCCUGCGCGCUCCAGGCCGUCACGUACGGCUGGGACAGCGAGGCACCCGAUCUGGAGGAGUUCGCGGAGGCCGUGGAGUACGGCCUCGACCAGGCGCUGACGGGGGAGGCCCCUGCGGCACUGCCGCUCCUGCUCACGGUGGAGCACGUCGUGCUGAAGGACAGCGAGGCCUCGGAGCAGCUGAUCAGGGACCUGUGGAUCCCCGACCAAGAGGGAGGCGGAAGCAGGAUCAUCGUCCAGCUCGCCGCCUGGCUGUCCCGCGGCUCGGCGCCGCGGGCCUCGCCGGCGGACAAGGCCUGCGGCACCAUCGCCGCCGCCGCCAUCGAGAAGCUGGCGGGCAAGGGGGCGCUGGUGCGCCGAGAGGACCUCGAGGUGCUGCUGCUUAACGCCUCCGCCAGCGAGGUGCCGCCGCCGCUGCGCACGGCAUGCUGCAGCGCCAUCACCCAGGCCGUGUCCAUGGAGACGGACUCGGAGAUGCUGGCGCAGGUGAUCGCGUGCUUCGUGGAGGAGACUCUGCCGCAGGGCAGGCGCGUGCACCAGCUCGGCUUCGACGGGCUCGGGGCGCUGGCUCUCCGGGUGCUGCGGCUGCUGAAGGAGCGGGACGAGGAGCUGCCGGCGCCGGACACGCUGCUGCAGGCGCUGCGGCGCGCGGAGCCGCACCUGGAGGGCGUCCCGGAGGCCGCUGCCCUACUGGUGCCGCUGCGUGAGGCGAGGGCCCUGGUCGCCGACCACUGCGGGGAGCCCGACGACGACCUCCGCUUCCCCGGCGGCGCCCCCGACGACCGCCCCGCCGCGGAGGCCUUGGGCGACAGGGGCAAGCGCUCGUCGAGCACGCUGCCACCACUGAAGGGCAGGUAG